UCUCGCUCACCCAGCCGGGGCUUACCAAUCACCGGCAGAGCCAGGCAGCCAGCUGACACCACCGUUUCUUGGACCUCUAGCGGGAAGCCGGAGCAGCGAUCGGCCGGCAUCGUCGUCGCGUCACCGGGGAUCGAUGGAGGGGCUCAUCCCGUUCAUCUACAAGGCCAUCAAGGAGCGGCGGACGCGGAGCUACUCGCGGUGCAGCUCCACCGGUUCGGCGCUCGGCGGCCGGUUCGGCGCCCGCGUGGAGGACGGCGGCGCCUGGGACAGCAAGCGGUGGGAGGAGGUGCCCGCAGUGGGGAGCGAGAUGGCGCACCGCCGGCACCGGUCCCUGGAGGAGCUGGCCGGGGAGGUGGGGGCCUCGCCCGCGUGGCGGCAGCCGGGCGCGCUGCCGAGGGGCCGGAGCAUGAGGAUCUUCUCCUGCAUCGGCGGCAUGUGAGGAUCGGCGCACGCCGGCGGAUCGGAGGGUGAAGGAAUUUGCUCGUGUUUCUGCUUAGUUCUGAGGUAGUAGUAGUGGUAAGGAGUAAUUGUGCCGUGUUAUCCAACUCAAGUGUACAUACACAUCGAUUUGCGAAGGUGCAGAUGAUGGUUUGCCAAUCCAUGUUUGUUUGAUUGUUCGUUUUUUUAAGGUGUCUUGCUUCUUCUUCUUC